CGCAGACAUCCUUCCAGUUGUCACGAUCUCGGGUUGACAGCUUUCUCCUCCUUCAACCUCUGCACCCCAUCGCUAACAAAGAUGGCAAACUUCGCGCCCUACCAGGACAUUCCCGAAACCACACGCGCCCUCUCUCCGCCGCCCGCAAUAACCUCCCCAACCCGCUCCCCACGCACCUCUCUCGACCGCUCCCGCAACAUCGGCACCGGCGCACUCACCUCUCCGACCACCCAUCAAUAUGGACAGCAGCAUGACUACUUCCAGGGCCAGCAACCGCAGGAGCCUGAGCGGGUAGCAUGGAAUACGCCGGGCGGGUUUGGCGGGCAUAGGGAAGAGGUGGAUAUGUUCCAGACGAGGUUGGGGUUGAGGAUGGAUUAUGAGGCGUGUUUGGCUUAUUUGCUCCUACCGCCUGCAGGCCCAGUGCUGCUUCUGGUGUUGGAGCAUAGGAGUGAUUAUGUGAGGUUCCAUGCGUGGCAGUCGAGCUUGCUCUUCGCAUUCGUCUUCGUCAUUCACAUCAUCUUCAGCUGGUCGAGCAUAAUAUCGUGGCUUCUAUUCGUAGGAGACCUAGGUCUGAUUGGGUUCCUCACAUGGCACGCAUAUCAAGAUGCGGCAACCCUCGAUCACUACGAAGUUCCGUUCUUCGGGCCGCUAGCCACCUCCAUCCUUGAGGACGAGUAGAAGCAGAUAGAACCUCGAACCGAAUCUGUAUCCCAAGAUUUCCACAUCUAAGAGGGCAACGGCGUCAAAGGGCAUGUUCAGGGCGUCGCAGGGCAUUUCAAUACCAUUGCUGGGUAUCCAUCCGUGGGAUAUUCGGGUUUCUUCAAGGCUGCUGAGCCCGUACCAUUGUAAUAAGACCUUCUACAUAACACCUUCUAAAUGUCAAGCGAACAUCGACUCCUUUAUCCGAAGCGUUCCUUGGCAAUGGCCUUUAGAUACACCAUCGUCUGUGCUUCCUUCGCCCUCCGAUCUGCUAGUCGUUCUUCUCGUUCGGCCGCUCUUGCCCGUAGUAUCUCCUCCCGCCGAAUCUCCCUCUCGCUCUUCUGCCGCUCGGC